AUGGAUAGCCAGGAGUUAGCAUCAGCUCCCAAUAAUGAAAAUAAAGCCCGGUCAACGAUUGUCGCCGUUGUUCCAAGUAAUGUCACAGAGAACGCGAUGACGAUUUUGAGUCGUAACUUAAGCGGCAUUCCCACGAUUGAAACAACAGAAAGUCAAGAAUUCAUCGACGCUUCAGACUUGACCAGGGACCAAUGGAUACAAGUCCUGCGUUCUGAGGGUGACACGAUACAUGUCAACCGAGCACCCUGCGCUGCUUUAUCUUUGAAGUCAAGAUCUCCAGACGACCAUGAGGGCAGUCAAGGCCUGCCGGAAUUUGAGAUUGCUGAUGACACUUACGUUGACUCGAGAGAAUCAAGGAGCCGACUAGAACGGGAAUUGACGUUGAAAGCUUUCUCAGAGAAUGGAAUCCGAGCAGGACUGUCAGGUGGUGCUCCAGAUAUUGGAUUUGGUCUGAGUGGCGCAGUCAGCUGGCAGAAAGAAGGGAUUGGUUUGGACCAGCAGCAGACUUCGAACAGGGCAAUCCAUGGCUUCUAUAAUUUCCCACGCGUGAUCCUGCAUCUCGACCCCGACUACUUAGACCUCUCACCGCAGUGCAAACAGUUCUUGAAGCGCUACGGGCAGGACUGUCUAGAUCCGAACAAAAUCUCAGACACCUACAAGACUUUUAUUGAUCGAUUUGGCUCAAUCCUUCCCGCCAGGGUAACGCUUGGAGCGCGUCUGUGUACUACGCAGGAGUUGAAUACGGACAACAUUUCCAAUAUUUCAGAGGCUAGAAAAACUCUGGAAACUGAUCUUACGACGAAAGUGACCGCAGCGAGCGCGGGAAUCCAAAGCGGUUAUCACAGAAAGACAGGAUCGAGCGCUGUUGAAAAAAUGAAUCAGACAGCUGAAUCAAGCCGUAUGACCCUCGAGACCCAGGGCGGUAAUGGUCUGUUGGCCUCCAGUAUUCCGGAGUGGACCGCUUCGGUAUCCUCACAUAGGUAUUGGAGAACAAUCCAGCAAGAAAAUUACUGGGAUCUGCCCACAUUUCUUAGGGAGUUGGCGCAAGAUGGGACAACAUGGGAAUACUUCGACGCCCUUGCCAACCACGCCAUCGCUAAAAAAACAAACCCAAAAAUCUACGGAUUGAAGCGACGGCAAGAAUUGGAUUAG